UUCUGGAGCUUGGGGAAUGGAGUGAAUGUGGGGACAGGGUUCAGAUGCCCUCCCCAAGCCCAGGGUAACUCUCAGAGUGGAGGGGACACCUGUGAGUUUCCAUGUAGACACAGGCGCUCAACAUUCAGUGUUAACAGAAACCCUAGGGAAAUUGUCAAACAGGUCUUGGGUACAGGGAGCGACUGGCAUGAACCAAUAUUCAUGGACCACCCAAAGGACAGUGGACUUAGGCAUGGGCUGGGUGUCCCACUCCUUCCUAGUCAUGCCAGAUUGCCCCUACCCACUCUUAGGUAGAGACUUGCUUACCAAAAUUGGAGCCCACAUCCAUUUUUCACCGAAUGGGGUUCAUUUAAUAGAUAAAGGAGGCCACCCCAUUCAGGUACUGACCUUGCAACUGGAAGACGAAUAUCGACUGUACCAAAAACUGGACCCGCAGCCAACAGAGGAGAUUUCUGCUUGGCUGCAGGAAUUUCCCCUGGCCUGGGCUGAGACCGGAGGGAUGGGGCUGGCAGCCCACCGACCACCCAUCUGGGUGGAGCUGAGACCAGGAACCCUUCGAGCUUGGGUGAAGCAGUAUCCCAUGUCCCAUGAAGCAAGAUCAGGGAUUACCCCACACAUCCGGAGACUAAGAGACCAGGGCAUCCUAGUACCCUGCAGGUCUGCAUGGAAUACACCUCUCCUCCUGGUAAAGAAGCCAAACUCAAACAAUUACUGGCCAGUACAGGAUCUGAGAGAAGUAAAUAAGCACAUCAUGGACAUCCAUCCCAUGGUGCCUAAUCCCUAAACCCUCCUGAGCUCCUUGCCGCCCUCCAGGAGCUGGUAUACCAUACUAGAUUUAAAGGACACCUUCUUUAUCCUGCCCUUAGCCAAGGAUAGUCAGCCAUUCUUUGCCUUCAAAUGGCAAGAUCCAGAGGUCGGUUUCAAUGGACAACUGACCUGGACUCGCCUGCCUCAGGGAUUCAAGAACUCGCCCACCCUCUUUAAUGAGGCACUUCAUGAAGAUCUGUGUGAGUACAGGCUGGAACACCCCCAGCUCACCCUAUUGCAAUAUGCAGAUGACAUCUUGAUAGCUGCUGCUGAUGCUCUACUAUGUCAGCAAGGGACCAAGGAUUUCACCGCCCUUAACCCAGCCACACUGCUGCCCAACCCCGACUUGGAUGCGCCCCUGCAUGAUUGCGUGGAGAUCCUGAACCAGGUACAUGGGCUCAGAAACGACCUGACUGAUCAGCCACUCUCCAAUGCAGAAGCUACUUGGUUCACCGACGGGGUGGUGACCCAGAUGCAUGGGGACACAUGGCCCCGGCUGAAAGCCAUCUAUGAGGCUGCUCCCCCACCUGUCCCCCACAAUUACCAGCCUGACGAUCGAGUCUACAUCCACAGACAUCGCCGAGAGACCCUGGACCCCCAUUGGAAGGGACCCUAUACCAUGAUCCUGAUGACUCUGACAGCUCUCAAGGUCAACAGAAUCACCUCACGGAUCCACCACUCUCAUGCUAAGACAGCAGACCCUGAGUUGACUGAGUCUCCAGGAGAGGAUAAGUGGACUGCCUCGCCUGACCUGCAUAAUCCCCUUAAGCUAAGACUCCAGGUGGGCCCCUAA